AUGGAACAAUCCUCACAAGAUGCCCAGGAGGCCACCCCGUUUGUCCCGCCCACAAUCCACCACAGCCCUCUGUUAAACGGCGAAUCGUACAGCUCCUACUCUCCCUGCCCAAACACAAUCACCCCCGCCAGCACCUCAACCUCACCAGAAGACUCAACACCAACCCCUACAGAAUGCGUGCUCGGAGUCGAUGAAGCCGGCCGCGGCCCCGUGCUAGGCCCCAUGGUCUACAGCGCAUUCUACCUACCCAAAGACCUCGAAAAACGGCUCCUUACUGAAGCCCACAGCUUCGACGAUAGCAAAGUGCUCACCCCCGGCGUGCGCAAAAACCUCAUGCAGAUGAUCUGCUCCGAGGGUCAUCCACUACACAACUCAUGCGGCUGGGCCGUCAAAGUACUCUCGGCGCGAGACAUAGCCGCGGGCAUGCUGCGCCCCAGUGUUGGCGCCUACAACCUGAAUGCGCAGGCCAUGGACGCCACGAUUGAAAUCAUCCGCGGCGUCGUCGAGGAACGGCAUAUCAAUGUUAGAGAAGUCUACAUCGACACAAUCGGAAACCCGGCUACCUACCAACACAAACUCGAGCGUAUAUUCCCGACGCUGAAAAUCACUGUUGCCAAAAAGGCCGACUCGCUGUACCCUUGCGUCAGCGCGGCCAGUGUAGUUGCAAAAGUGACGAGAGAUAUUGCCCUAGAGAUGUGUUACGAAGCUCUUGUCGAAACGCAACAAGAAAAAUCGACAGAGCCCAGCUGGGGGAGCGGGUAUCCCUCAGACUCGAAAUGCGUCGGCUGGCUGCGACGUGAUAUGGAUUAUUUGUUUGGCUGGGGCAACGAAUGCCGCUUCAGCUGGGGCACAGUCAAGGAAUUGAUGGACGGGAAAGAUGCAGUCAGGGUCGACUGGCCCAGCGACGAAGUUGAGGAGACUGGGAUAUCGGAUUUCCUGAUUGGCCAUGGGCCGACGACGUCGAGAAAGCCCGAGGGUCUGGAGAAUUGGUAUGGAUCAAGGGUUGGUGUUUCAUUUUAG